GAUUAAAUAAUUCGGGUAAAUUCGGAUAACUAGAAAAUAUUUAAGGUCACUACUUGCUCGCUUUAAAUAGCUUGUUCAAGUUAAAUCUUAUUCUGUGCGGUGUGCGCACAUCGAGAAGGAUUAUUAAAUGAUAAAAUAUGAGUGUUGCUUGAAAAAAAAUAAUUAAAUCGUAAUCAAUGUAAUGAAGUGUUGACCUUUUUCCCUGGUCUAUCAUAUAUUGUGACAUAUUGUGAUACUUAUUGGUGAUUAUUAUCGUGUGAGUUAAGCUGAUCGUCGUCUCAUUUGAAAAAUAGAUACAGAGAAACUUGAAACCAUUAUUCGAAGCUAAAUAACAUACAUUGCAUAAUAUAAUAAUGUCCUCGACGUUGUAUGUAUUCUAGAAUAUAAAAGAAUUAUUUUUAGAAGACAUUGAAAAAAUGAAAAUUAGAUGAAAAAGAUAUUUAAAUUAUUACAUCUCGAUGUGUGUUAUAUUUAAUUUUUAUCCGAGUUCUUCAUUGUAACACUAUCAUCUGUAAUAGUCGGACGUGUAUUUAAACAGAAGAGGGAACUCGUACGAUAUUGUUCCUUUGAAAAAAUCUUGAUUUCCUCUUACUUAUUUAUUUUUACUUUUUUUGUUUCGUUUUUUCUUUUGUUUGUUUUUCUUUUUUUAUUAUUUUUUUAUUUUUUAUUUUUUAUUUUGUAAUAAUCCAUUAUCAUGGUUGAAAAUAUCGUCGCUUUAGCUGUAUCCACGUGUUACAUUAUAUUGACGAGUUUAAUCGCAUAUUGGAUGAGAAGAUAUGUCAAUUAUUACAUAAAGGAACCUUUGAUACAAUCAUUGUUUCUCGAGGGAAUAGCAACAGCUGAAUUAUGCGGUGCCUGUUUUGAAUUGAUUAUAAUUGCAGAUAAUUGGGGAGUAUCCAUGUAUGCGAUAUAUUUAUUUGUUUUAACGAUUUGGUGGAGUUUAAAUUGGGGCGAUGCCAGUGCCUGUCCUUAUACGCAUAUCGAAGAAGCAGUCGAAGGAAAUAAAUCUUUACGCACAGCCUUUCUCUUGAUAUGGGCAGAACUUAUUGGUGGUCUCGUUGUAUUUAGAUAUAUACAAUUGUUAUGGGCAUUAGAGAUCGUACCUACUCAUAAAAAUAAAGCUUUUGAAGAUUGUACCACGGAUUUGCAGGUGCCUGUUAUAUUCGGUGCAUUUAUAGAAUGCAUAGCAACGUGUAUAUGCAGAAUAGUAUCUCGUGGAUUAAGCAACCUGAAUUCAAUCUUCGGUAUCAUUAUUGAUUCUUUCAUUGGAACUUCUUUAGUAGUCGCAGCAUUCAAUUAUUCCGGCGGUUACUUCAAUCCUGCUUUGGCUACAUCAUUGAAAUAUGGUUGUUUAGGAACUUCUUUUAUGGAACAUGUAAUCGUUUAUUGGGUAGGAGCUUGUGCAGGUUCUAUCGCCUCUGUGAGAAUAUAUAAUAUGCCUUUUAUCCAAAAUUUUAUAAAUCGAGGAAAGGAGAAAGCUUCUUAAGAAAAAUAUUCUCAAAGGAUUUAUCGAGCAUCGUUUCCUUUCUUCUAUUUUUUUUUUCUUUUUUUUUUAAUUCUUAAUUUUUAAUUUUGUGUUCAUUCGCGUUGAAUAUUACCUCAACAUUAAUAUUUCUCAACUUUUUCCCUGUAUAACGUUAAAGAUUAGAAGGAUUGAAAAAGUUAAGACAAGCGAACAUAAAAAGAAAAAACGCACAGAUUUUAUUAUUAAAAACGUAUCUAAUAUAUAAUGUAAUAAUAAUUAAUUUCGAGUGUACAAAUUAAAUUUCACAAAUCUUCAAUUUCACAAAUCCAUGCAGUUCGAAUUUAUCGAAUGAUGGAAAAAAUAAAAAUUCGAUUUUGUAAAUAUAUUGUGAAUAUAGUAAGUAAGAUAUACCCCAAGUAACAUAUACCCCGAACAGCUAGACACAAAAUAUUUUUUUUUUAAGCAAAGAGGUCAACAGGAAGGAAUAUAAACGCAACAAUCUUUGACUUAUAUAUAUAUAUAUAUAUGUAUAUAUAAUAUUGUCCAAUUAGAAUGCGAUUUAUUAC